AACCUAUGACCGCAUUUCUGUAAAAGUCUCACGAUCUAGGCAGCAUCCGACCCCUCUCAGAAUCCUUGUCUCUCUUAGCUGUUUGCCCAUAAAUACCUUCUUCCAACCUCCCAGCUUCAAUCCAGUUGCUUGAUCUUGCCUCACCCAAAAUCAACCCAUCGCCGCAGACAAGAUGGCAUCGCAGGAACCCCAACCCGCCUCCCUAUGGAACUCCCCCGUCCCAUAUCAACGAAUCCGCAUCACCCGCGAAGGCGACCUAGAAUGCCUCUACCCCCUGAUCGCCAGCUACGUCUCCUCCCCCUCCCUCGCCGACUCCGUCACCGAGCUCGUGCUCAACACCGAAGACUGGCCGAGCCAGUGGUCGCAGUGGUGGGCGCAAUCGCAGCAGGGGCGGCCGCCCCUCCCCGUGCGCGACGACGCCCACGCCGCGCUCGAGACCCACGUCCGCGGCCUGGGGCUCGGCGACCCGGCGACGGAGGCGAUGGUGCGCGCGCUGGAGUGGAAGCGGCAGCACCUGAAGGGCGAGGACGCCGGCGCCCUCAAGGACAUCAUCCCGAACACCCGGAAGUUCGCCAUGGCCGCUGCUGUUGUCCUGCUGUCUGUUUGUAGGAACAUCGUCACGCUGUACGUCGGGGACGUGCGCGCGGGCCGGGAGUCGCCUCUCACGGCUUACCUGCUGAAGUCGAACUAUGGUCUCCUUCCGCAGCCCGGGUUGCAGCGACUGGAGCGCGUGGAGAUCAUCACUGGGAGCAGCAUGAGCAGUGAUGAGAGGAAUUACGGCAGGGUCGAGUUCCUGGAGUACUUCCAGUACUUCCACCGGCUUCCCGCCAUACAGUCCAUCGUCGCGGAGGGCGUGCAGGAGUACCAAGCCAACCUGCAGGUUUUCGUUCCUCGGACGGGAAACAUCAAGAAGAUCCACAUUGGAUACGCCGACGCAUCCGUCGACAUGCUCGCCACCAUCAUCCGAAUCCCCAAGGCCCUGGAGGAGUUCAAACUGUCGCUGGGAGGGCUGUGGAGCACGGAUGGCGGAUUGCCCGUCAUCGUCCCAAGCACCCUGGGCAAAAGCCUGUUCCAACACAAAGACACGCUCAAAGUCCUGGAUCUGGACAUCGAAAUUGCCCUCAAAUGCAUGUCCGGCCGAAGCCACAGUUCCGACGAGGAAGACAACGCCGAGCGAGACAGGAGCUUGGCCGAGAUGUGCGAAAAGAACGAGUACUUCCGCCUCGACCGGGAGACCAGCCUCAACCCGCUCUGGACGCAGGAUCCACCGGACACGCGCAAGUACGGACACACGAUCGGGUCGCUCCACGACUUCAAGGUCAUGACCCAUCUCAGCAUCGGCAUGAAGGCGCUCAUGGGCCCCGUUUCGGGGUGGCAGGCUCCGUUUCGUCUGGCCGAGCAGCCUCCUGCUCGACUGAUCGAUGCUCUGCCCCCUAGCCUUGAAUACCUGUGCUUUUAUGGGUAUACCAAGGGGUCUAACGAGGACAUAGAUGGCCAGGUCCAGGAGCUGAUGGAGAAGAGGGCUGAGCGGUUGCCGCUGUUGAGAGAGGUCAGGGGCGUGGAUGAGAUGGUUCUUGAUAUGGGGUCGAUAUACUCGGAGGAUGGCGACGAGGAUGACCUGUGGGAGCGGCCGGAAAGGGACCUGGGUUGGGUAGAGGUGUGAAGCUCUGUCGUUUGAUGCUCAUGGGCAUAGACUUGAGCGUUUUGGUCGGAAGUUUUCUCAAUGUUGAACAGAGUAGUGAAC